GGUUUUACACCCACAGCAGGCACUUUAGAGUUACGGUCAAAGUUAUUCCAUCUUUCUCUGUGCCACCUUUGUGAUCAUGCGUGAGAUUGUUCAUCUGCAGAUCGGCCAGUGUGGGAAUCAGAUCGGCUCAAAGUUCUGGGAGGUGAUCAGUGAUGAACAUGGCAUUAACAGAGUGGGAGCAUAUGAAGGUGACAUGGACCUUCAGCUGGAGAGGGUCAAUGUUUACUUCAAUGAAGCACAUGGUGGGAAAUAUGUUCCAAGAGCUUUGCUCGUGGACCUGGAGCCAGGCACAAUGGACAGUGUGAGGGGCAGUCACAUAGGACAGCUCUUCAGACCAGACAAUUUUAUACACGGGAAUUCUGGAGCUGGCAAUAACUGGGCCAAAGGGCACUAUACGGAGGGUGCGGAACUCGUGGAGCAGGUUGUCGAUCGCGUCCGCAAUGAAGCCGAGAGCUGCGACUGCAUGCAGGGUUUUCAGUUUGUGCACUCCCUGGGCGGCGGCACCGGUUCCGGAAUGGGUACCCUCAUCAUCAAUAAGAUCCGAGAAGAAUAUCCCGACCGCAUCAUGAAUAGUUUUAGCAUUAUGCCCUCACCAAAAGUGUCUGAUACAGUGGUGGAACCCUACAACGCAACACUGUCUAUUCACCAACUAAUUGAGAAUACAGAUGAGACGUAUUGCAUUGAUAAUGAAGCGCUGUACGACAUCUGCUUCCGUACUCUCAAACUCACCACACCGACCUAUGGAGAUCUCAACCACCUUGUAUCCCUAACAAUGAGCGGGGUCACCACCUCCCUCCGCUUUCCGGGACAACUGAACGCUGACCUUCGGAAGCUGGCCGUCAACAUGGUGCCCUUCCCGCGUCUCCAUUUCUUCAUGACGGGCUUUGCGCCUCUCACGGCACGUGGUAGUCAACAGUACCGCGCCCUCACGGUGCCCGAGCUCACCCAGCAGAUGUUUGACACCCGGAACAUGAUGACCGCCUGCGACCCACGUCGAGGACGAUACCUGACCGUGGCGGGCAUGUUCCGCGGCCUCAUGUCCACCAAAGAGGUUGAUGAGCAGAUGCUUGCCAUUCAGCAGAAGAACAGCAACUACUUUGUAGAUUGGAUCCCUCACAACGUCAAAGUGGCCGUUUGCAACAUUCCGCCACGUGGCCUCAAAAUGGCGUCUACCUUUAUAGGAAACAACACUGCCAUCCAGGAGAUUUUUAAACGCAUAGGGGAGCAGUUUACUUUGAUGUUUCGACGUAAGGCCUUCCUGCACUGGUACACGGGAGAGGGCAUGGAUGAGCUGGAGUUCACAGAGGCUGAGUGCAACAUGAAUGAUCUGGUUUCAGAGUACCAGCAAUACCAGGAUGCCACGGCUGAUCAGGAGUGGGAAGCAGAAGAUGAAGUUACAGAAGAGGAAGGCCUGUCGUCAGCAGUGCAGAGCACCAGAGUGGAGAUAAAGACUGAGGUGGUUACUGAAACGUCUGUCGGGGAAUGAGACAAAGGCGUUUCUCAUCUGGAAAAAUUUGAAACUUGUUGUUUCCCAGGGGAACAAAUGUUAUACUCGCAUAUACAAAAAUUAUAUGCAAGAGAUUUAAUAUUCGAACAUAUUAUAUUGUAAAAGUUUUAUUUUCAUAUAUUGUAAAGCAUAUUUAGCAUAUAUCUCAAAAUUGCUUACAGCUCAUCUAUUAUAGUAAAUAUAUACAUUGUUAACACAACAUAUGAUUUAUAUUCUAUACUUCAUUUAUAACUGUUUAUAUUGUUCUGUGAUGAUACAAAACAAGAUGGAUGACAUUUCCCUUGCACAGGGCUUAAAAAGACUAUUUAUAGACUGCCAUUACUUGUCAAAAUGUCCAGUUUAAUCGUUUUUUUGCAGAUCCUGUUAAUAAACUUACAUUAUAAGAUAUUCCUAUAUGCCAUUAUUGUGAAACUUUAGAUUUGACCAUUUAAAUAUGUGACUAGGAAAAUACUAUUGCAGCACUAAAUAUUUCUUAUUUCCAUUAUUCUGUUGUUCUUUAUGUAUAGUGCAGAAAACAUUAAAAAAAUUAUGCUUAGAUUCUUAAAUGUAAUUUUACCUUUAAAUCCAUUCUCUGUACUUAUGUUGAGAAAAUCUUGCUUGUUUGAAUGAAAUAUUAAUGGCAACAGUAAUCUGGAUCCUGUGACUUGAAAAAUUACAUCUGUCUUGCAAUAUUGAAAUGUUAAAGUACUGUGUUGGCUACUCUAUGCUCUAUAUUAUACUAAUAUUAUUGGUGCCUUUUCUAAAAUUGUUCAAGCUAGAUGAAAUACAUGCGCUUCAUUUUCAUUUUCAGUUUGAAAUGUCAAUAUUGGUGUAACACUGUAUAUAAGACAAUAAACUUGAAUGACUAGACUGUUGUCCAAUAACUAGACUGUUGUCCAAUUGAUAAUAACCAAUGCAAAAUCAUCAAAUCAAUGCUUCCCAUAUAAAUGACAAAUAACAGUUAUUAGAAAGUGUUGAUUGGCAAAGACCUGGCCAAAAUGCAGAACACCAGGCACACUUUCCUAAGAACAUAAAAGCAUUUUACCACAAC